AAAUAAAUGUCUUUCCUUAAUUGAUGAAAAUGAAAAUACAGAAGAAAGAGAAGCAAUUGUCCAAGUUAAGAGCUUUGAAUCACUCCCCAAUGUCGGAUGCCUCUGUUAACUUUGACUACAAAUCUCCAUCACCAUUCGAUUGCAGUCCUGAUCAGGGAGAGAACAUCGAAGAAGCUGCCAAUCAUUGUCUGCCCCAGAAGGACUUCUAUACUACUGAAGAGGAAGCUGACACCCUUUUUUCUAGGAAAUUGACAUCCCAUAAUGGGAUGGAGGAUAGUGGAGGCAGAGGUACUGGAGUAAAGAAAAAACGAAAGAAAAAGGAGCCAGGGGAGCAAGAGGGAACAAAGGGAAACAAGGACAGAGAGCCUAAGCCAAAGAGGAAACGAGAACCUAAAGAGCCGAAAGAACCCAGGAGGGCCAAGGAGCCGAAGAAAGCCAAGGAGCCCAAGGAGACAAAGCAGAAAGAUGGUGUGAAGAAGCCCCGGAAGCCCCGGGAGGCCUCCAGUACCAAGGAGAGUAAAGAGAAGAGGAGCUGCACUGAGUAUGGAUCCAGGACAAAGUCCAAGAAGGCCAGCAAGGAACAAGGACCAACUCCAUUGGAGAGAAAGAAGAAAGGAAAAAGGAAAAGUGAAACCACCGUGGAGAGUUUAGAGCUGGAUCAGAGUCUUCCAAACCCAUCUCUGCAGAGUCCUGAGGAGCCCAGUGAGUCUGCAGACAGCCAGAAACGGCGCUCAGGACGGCAAGUAAAGCGCAGAAAAUACAAUGAGGACCUGGACUUCAAAGUGGUGGAUGAUGAUGGGGAAACAAUCGCUGUUCUGGGAGCUGGCCGAACAUCUGCACUCUCAGCUUCCACGCUGGCCUGGCAGGCUGAGGAGCCUCCAGAAGAUGAUGCAAACAUAAUUGAGAAGAUCCUAGCAUCCAAGACUGUCCAAGAGGUUCACCCAGGAGAACCUCCAUUCGACCUAGAGCUUUUCUACGUUAAGUAUAGAAAUUUUUCCUAUUUACAUUGUAAAUGGGCCACAAUGGAAGAGCUGGAAAAGGAUCCGCGCAUCGCACAGAAGAUCAAACGCUUCAGGAACAAACAGGCCCAAAUGAAGCACAUUUUUACUGAGCCUGAUGAAGACUUGUUCAAUCCAGAUUAUAUAGAAAUUGAUCGUAUCUUAGAGGUGGCUCACACCAAGGAUGCAGAAACAGGGGAGGAAGUAACUCAUUACCUGGUAAAAUGGUGCUCCCUGCCAUAUGAAGAAAGCACCUGGGAGCUAGAAGAAGAUGUAGAUCCUGCAAAAGUGAAAGAAUUUGAAUCUCUACAAAUUCUCCCUGAAGUUAAGCACGUGGAACGACCUGCCUCUGAUGCGUGGCAGAAACUGGAGACAUCGCGUGAGUAUAAGAACAGUAACAGGCUGAGGGAGUACCAGCUCGAGGGGAUGAACUGGCUUCUUUUCAACUGGUACAACAGAAAAAACUGUAUUUUGGCUGAUGAAAUGGGCCUAGGGAAAACCAUCCAGUCCAUCGCAUUCCUUUCAGAAAUCUUUGUCAGGGGAAUCCAUGGCCCCUUUCUCAUCAUUGCCCCUCUUUCCACCAUCACUAACUGGGAGCGAGAAUUCCGGACAUGGACAGAGAUGAAUGCUAUUGUGUACCACGGCAGCCAGAUCAGCAGGCAGAUGAUCCAGCAGUACGAGAUGGUAUACAGAGAUGCACAGGGAAACCCCCUUUCAGGAGUCUUCAAGUUCCAUGUUGUCAUCACAACAUUUGAGAUGAUUCUGGCAGAUUGCCCAGAGCUGAAGAAGAUUCACUGGAGCUGUGUGAUAAUUGAUGAGGCCCACAGAUUGAAGAAUAGAAACUGCAAACUUCUGGAAGGGUUAAAGCUCAUGGCCCUGGAACACAAAGUGCUGCUCACAGGAACACCCUUGCAGAACUCUGUGGAAGAGCUCUUCAGUUUGCUAAACUUUCUGGAGCCCUCACAGUUUCCUUCAGAGACUGCUUUCUUAGAGGAAUUUGGUGAUCUCAAAACAGAAGAACAGGUAAAGAAAUUGCAGUCUAUCCUAAAACCAAUGAUGCUUCGGCGCCUGAAAGAUGAUGUGGAGAAGAACCUUGCUCCUAAACAAGAGACCAUCAUUGAAGUAGAACUGACCAAUAUCCAGAAAAAGUACUAUCGUGCUAUCCUAGAGAAAAACUUUUCCUUCCUAACCAAAGGUGCAAAUCAGCACAACAUGCCCAAUCUUAUCAAUACUAUGAUGGAGCUGAGAAAAUGCUGUAACCACCCCUACCUGAUCAAUGGGGCAGAGGAAAAGAUUCUGGAAGAUUUCAGGAAAGCCCACAGCUCUGAAGCCUCUGACUUCCAGCUGCAGGCCAUGAUCCAAGCAGCGGGGAAGCUGGUGCUGAUCGACAAGCUUCUCCCCAAGCUCAUUGCAGGCGGUCACAAAGUGCUCAUCUUCUCUCAGAUGGUGCGCUGUCUCGACAUCCUGGAAGAUUAUCUCAUCCAGAGGAGAUACACCUAUGAGCGAAUUGAUGGGCGAGUACGGGGAAACCUGCGCCAGGCAGCCAUCGACCGGUUCUGUAAGCCAGACUCAGACCGCUUUGUCUUUCUUCUGUGCACCAGAGCAGGAGGCCUGGGAAUCAAUCUCACAGCUGCUGAUACUUGCAUCAUAUUUGAUUCUGACUGGAACCCACAAAAUGACUUGCAGGCUCAGGCCCGGUGUCAUCGUAUAGGCCAGAGCAAAGCCGUGAAGGUAUAUCGCCUAAUCACUCGAAACUCGUAUGAACGGGAAAUGUUUGACAAGGCUAGCUUGAAGCUGGGCCUGGACAAGGCUAUUCUUCAGGACAUCAACAGAAAGGGCAGCACCAAUGGAGUACAGCAGCUCUCAAAAAUGGAAGUGGAGGACUUGCUCCGGAAAGGUGCUUAUGGAGCUUUAAUGGACGAGGAAGACGAAGGCUCCAAGUUCUGUGAAGAAGAUAUAGACCAGAUUCUGCAGAGAAGAACCCACACCAUCACCAUCCAGUCAGAAGGGAAGGGGUCCACUUUUGCUAAGGCUAGUUUUGUGGCUUCAGGAAACAGAACAGAUAUUUCCUUGGAUGAUCCUAAUUUUUGGCAGAAAUGGGCUAAAAUAGCUGAAUUAGACACUGAAGCAAAUAAUGAAAAGGAAAGCUUAGUGAUUGACCGGCCACGUGUGAGGAAGCAGACCAAACACUACAACUCGUUUGAGGAGGACGAGCUUAUGGAGUUCUCAGAGUUAGACAGUGACUCAGAUGAAAGGCCCACAAGGUCCAGGCGCCUCAGUGACAAAGCCAGACGCUACCUCCGCGCUGAGUGCUUCCGAGUAGAGAAGAACCUGCUCAUCUUUGGCUGGGGCCGGUGGAAGGACAUCCUGACUCACGGGCGAUUCAAGUGGCCCCUGAAUGAGAAGGAUAUGGAGAUGAUUUGCCGGGCCCUGCUGGUGUACUGUGUCAAGCAUUACAAAGGGGAUGAAAAAAUUAAGAGUUUUAUUUGGGAACUAAUCACACCUUCCAAAGACGGGCAAAUUCAGACCCUCCAGAACCACUCAGGCUUGUCUGCCCCAGUCCCCAGAGGGAGGAAAGGAAAAAAGACAAAAAACCAGCUCUUGCUCCCAGAACUGAAGAAUGCAGACUGGCUGGCCACCUGCAAUCCUGAGGUGGUCUUACAUGAUGAUGGAUACAAGAAGCACCUCAAACAGCACUGUAAUAAGGUGCUUUUGAGAGUCCGAAUGCUGUACUACCUAAAAGCUGAAAUAUUGGGAGAAGCAGCUGAUAAAGCAUUUGAGGGAACUCCUGCCAGAGAACUGGAUGUGCUUCUACCUGACAUUGACUAUGUGGAGAUCCCAGUGGAUUGGUGGGACGCUGAAGCUGACAAGUCCCUUCUCAUUGGUGUGUUCAAGCACGGUUAUGAAAGGUACAAUGCCAUGCGGGCUGACCCAGCGCUCUGCUUCCUGGAGAAAGUCGGCAUGCCUGAUGAAAAGUCCCUUUCUGCAGAGCAAGGUGUUACAGAUGGAACCUCCGACAUUCCUGAAAGAGGCAACAUAGAUAAAGAAGACAGUGCUGAGGACAAGUUAGAUGGUCUCCAGAAGCAAACGGCGAGUCCCAGUGAUGGAAGUGAUGGCAUUUUUGGUGAAAAGAAGGAUGACAGCCAGGCAGCCCAGGACGGCUCCGACCCAGACAAAUCACCCUGGCCAGUUUCCUCUGCCCUCACUGCUCGACUCAGGCGUCUGGUCACUAUGUACCAGCGCUGCAACCGCAAAGAGCUGUGCAGACCUGAAAUCUUAGGCCCAGGUAACCAAGGAUACUGGGUUCAGGAGGAGGUGUUCAGGAGGACUUCAGAAAUGGACCUCAUCAACAAGGAAGCCCAAAAAAGGUGGACUAGAAGAGAGCAAGCCGACUUCUAUAGGACAGUGUCUUCCUUUGGUGUUGUGUAUGACCAAGAAAAGAAAGCCUUUGACUGGACACAGUUCCGUGUCAUUUCCCGCUUGGACAAGAAGUCAGAUGAGAGCCUGGAGCACUAUUUUUAUAGUUUUGUAGCCAUGUGUCGGAAUGUGUGUCGCCUUCCCACGUGGAAAGAUGAUGGUUCCCCUGAUGCCAGCAUCUAUGUUGAACCCAUCACUGAGGAGCGGGCAGCAAAGACUCUGUACCGCAUUGAACUGCUGAGGAAAGUCCGUGAGCAGGUGCUCACAUGCCCUCAACUACAUGAGCGCCUCCAGCUUUGCAGGCCCAGCCUCUACCUCCCAGUCUGGUGGGAGUGUGGGAAACAUGAUCGAGACCUGCUCAUUGGCACUGCCAAACAUGGGCUCAACCGCACUGACUAUUACAUCAUGAAUGACCCUCAGCUGUCCUUCCUAGAUGCCUAUAGAAACUAUGCCCAACACAAAAGAACUGGCACCCAGGCACCUGGAAGUCUCUGUUGCCUUUACCAGAGCAAUUCUAAACUAUACGAGUCUCUUACUUACACCCCAAUGAGUAGGACUUCAGAGUCUCUUGAAAGUGAGCCAGAGAACCUAGUAAAAAUGGAGAGCAGGGAUGAUCAUCUCUGCCUGCCUGAGGGCGGUUUACCUGACAUAACCUGUGAAAACUUUGUUUCCAAAGUUCAGGAGGUCAUUUCUCUUGACCAUGAUGAAAGCUUGCUGCCUGAGUCUUUGGAAAAUAUGAUAUAUGGUAAGACAGGACUCAGCCAAGAGCCGCGUUCUUUUCAGGAAGCCCCAAGUACCAACACACAGUCCAGGAAAAAUACUAUCACCAUCUCAACCAGCAGAGAUGAGAGUUGCCAGCCUCCUGGUAUUGAGGCAGAAAUUACUUCAGCUUCCUCUCUCAUGAGCAGCUUAGAAGCAGGAGUAGCUAAAAUGAAUAUUAAAAAUGGAAAACAUCUGUUGGUAUCUAUCUCAAAAGAAGGGGAGCCCUGCUGCAGUGAGACAGGACGGAGACCUGAAAGCAUAGGCCACCUAGAGGCCAAAUGCUUAGCUUCCCCUGCCUUAGAUACAGAACAUGAAAGUGGGUUUGUAGAUCUCUGCAGCCUUAGCGUCUAUGACUCCAAAAGAAACUUCUCAUCAGAUCAGCAAUUAAUUGAUUUAUUAGAAAACAAGAGUUUAGAAAGUAAAUUGAUUUUGAAUCAGAGUGAUGAGGAAGAGGAAGAAAAUGAGGAUGAAACCUUAGCCAUAGUAGCAAGCGCCACAGAAAAGCCAGAGGUCUUAGAUUUCACCAAGCCCACUGCAAACAUCCCAAGGGGAAAGAACCUCAGUUUCCACCAAGAUGAAGCCAAGAAAGGGAGGCUGGAGGUGGUAAGCAAGACUCCUGGACCACUGAGGGUCUUUUCGCCCUCAGCCAAUCAAUGCCACUGCAAACACAUUGAAAGGUGGGCACAUGGCCUGGGGAGCAAGGAAUCUGAAGUAGAGAAACCCAAGGUUUAUCAGCCAGACCUGUACAGAAGCAAAGCCAAUAAUACCACAGUGGAAGGUGAGCCUGCUGUUAUUCCAACAGAGCCAUUUAAACUGAAGCAUGAGCUUUUAAAAGAACCGUGGAAAGAAAGUUCUGAGGGGGGGAAGAGUUUCUCCAUGUAUGUUCCUGAGGGAUGUGAACCCAAACCAGAAGACAUGGAUUUUGAGAAUAAAGAUGAUUAUGAGAAAGAUGGAACCUGCCACAGUCACGACUACCCAGGCAAAUACUCUGAGGAAGAGAGUAAGAGUUUGGCAUCAGGCAUUGCAGGGGACCUUGGGGAAGAGGCGCAGGAAGUGCGGGCUCCCACCAUUGCUCAGCUACUGCAGGAGAAAACCCUCUAUUCCUUCUCAGAAUGGCCAAAGGAUCGUGUGAUAAUUAACCGCCUAGAUAAUAUUUGCCAUGUGGUGUUAAAGGGGAAGUGGCCCUGCAGCCACCAGUAUGACCCCUCAGGUGCACUGCCCACGCCAGUGUUAUCCAGCAGUGCAGGUUCUCGAAGCAGCCUCUCAGAGCCAGAAGCAGCAGAACACAGCUUCAGCAGUGGUGCAGCAUUAGCAGCCCAGAUCCAGAAGGAGAGCUUCUUAGCCCCAGUAUUCACAAAAGAUGAACAAAAGCACAGACGUCCCUAUGAGUUUGAGGUAGAAAGGGAUGCCAAAGCUCGGAGCCUCGAAGAAUAUUCUGCCACCCAUGGGCGUUCCCCCAUUGUCCUCAAUGGCUGGCAUGGGGAGUCAGCUAUAGACCUCUCCUGCUCAUCAGAGGGGUCUCCAGGAGCCACAUCUCCUUUCCCAGUGAGUGCCAGCACCCCUAAGAUUGGUGCUAUCAGUUCACUUCAAGGAGCCCUUGGUAUGGACUUGUCUGGAAUUCUGCAAGCUGGCCUGAUCCACCCAGUGACUGGACAGAUCGUCAAUGGAAGCCUCAGGCGGGAUGAUGCUGCCAUGAGAAGGCGGAGAGGGAGGCGAAAACAUAUUGAAGGAGGGAUGGACCUCAUCUUUCUGAAGGAACAAACACUUCAGGCUGGAAUCUUGGAAGUCCAUGAAGAUGCAGGGCAGACUACCCUGAGCACCACACACCCUGAAGGGCCAGGAGCUGCUUCCUCAGCUCCUGAGCCAACAGCAGCAUCCAGCAGCCAGGCUGAGAAAACUGUGCCCAGCAAGAGCCUACUUGACUGGCUGAGGCAGCAGGCUGACUACUCUUUGGAUGUUCCUGGCUUUGGGGCAAGUUUUUCAGAGAAACCCAAGCAGAGAAGACCACGCUGCAAAGAACCUGGAAAAUUAGACAUCAGCUCUCUAGGUGGAGAAGAGAGGGUUCCUGCUGUCCCCAAGGAGCCAGGACUGAGGGGGUUUCUCCCAGAAAGCAAAUUCAAUCACACCCUAGCUGAGCCUGUGCUUCGAGAUGCAGGCCCCCGCAGGAGGGGGAGGCGACCUCGGAAUGAACUCCUGAAAGCUCCAGCCAUUGUAGCAGACUCUCCUUCUGGAAUGGGACCACUGUUCAUGAAUGGGCUGAUUGCAGGGAUGGACCUGGUAGGAUUGCAGAAUGUGAGAAAUAUUCCAGGCAUUCCUCUCACUGGGCUGGUGGGCUUCCCAGCUGGUUUUGCCACCAUGCCUACUGGUGAAGAGGUUAAAAACACCCUGAGCAUGCUGCCCAUGAUGCUGCCAGGCAUGGCCACAGUGCCCCAGAUGUUUGGUGUUGGCGGACUCCUCAACACACCCAUGGCAACCACCUGCACGACCGCUGCAUCAGCGUCUCUCACAAGCACAAAAAGUGGUACCUCAGCCACUGAAAAAACGGCAGAGGACAAGCUGAGUGGCCAUGAUAUAAAAGCAGACACUCUGGUGGAAGAUAAGCCUGGCCCUAGUCCAUUUUCUGAUCAGUCUGAACCCACAAUAACUACUAGUAGUCCUGUGGCUUUCAACCCAUUUCUCAUCCCAGGAGUGUCUCCUGGACUCAUCUACCCUUCCAUGUUUCUCUCCCCUGGCAUGGGCAUGGCUCUGCCAGCCAUGCAGCAGGGCAGACACUCAGAUAUUGUUGGUCUAGAGACCCAGAAGAGGAAAAAGAAGAAAUCAAAGGGGGACAACCCCACCCCAGAGCCUGCUUCUGCGUGUGAGAAGGAGCCAGGCAGUGAUCAGAACUGCACCGAGUCCAGUGCCACUGUGUCCCCAGAGAGAGAACACAUGGCACAGGCCAGGGAAGAGGGGCUCAAAGACUCCAACGAUGAUACCAAUUAGAACUUUUUCAUUUAAGAAAUUGUUGUGACUUGUAAGUUUCUUAUCCCAUAAAGGUUUGUUACUUCCCUCACUUCACCUUCAUAAGAACCUGUGUUUUCAUCAGUAAUAUUACCUACCUAAUUUCCUGUCUGAGAACUAUGGUAACAUGUUAAUAGUUGCAGGGUCUUGCCACUUUGUUAGAUAAGUGUCACCUGCCUAGUCUAGGAGGCACAGAAUUCUUUCUUUUAUCCGGUUCAUUCCAGCAAUCACAGUUGAUACAGUGCUUGGUGACAUACCGCCUUCCCCUUCUCUUUCAAGUCUCACUCAUCUGAGGAAGAAAACGGCAGAAGAAAGCUGUCUAGGGGUCUACUGUGGGCCAAAGAGCAAAGAUGAAAACGAGUGCACGUUCAUUCUUUUUGAGCGACUGAAGAAGAAGAGCGUGUCGAGGAAACCAGGAGGCAAUCGGUAGGAAGUGUCAGUGGUGCUUUGUAGUUCAGGUGUCCCUGUUUUAUCAUGGUUACUGAGUAGUGUAGUCUACAGGAUAUAAACUAAUGGUUCAAAAUGCAUAUACUGAUGGCUUCUUUAAAACAGGAACCUUCCAGAUAGUAAUACAGUUUCCCCCUCAAGGUUUUCUCCUCUUCAGCAAGAAGAAAUACUGGCCAGCUAGGCAGCAUACAAACCAUCCCUGCUGAGUCUGAGACACGUGAGCACCUUGAGUUCCUGCAGCACCUGGGAGGGUGCUCCCUGCUCAGGGUCCACGGGUGCUGCUGGCACUUCCCACGGGACUGCAGCUACUGUUUCCCCUCUUAGAAACCUGCUGGGUUUCAUUUUGUGUUCUUUCACCCAGAGCCAGGCUUUUUGGCAUCUCGGAAGGUAAUCACUCAGCCCUGCUCGAUUCUGUCAUCAGCACAGCGUGUCCAAACACGCACACCACCUUUUACAUUGCAACUGUGAAGUUCUGUCCCUCUCCAUUUUCUCUCCACUUGGACUGUAUCUUAGAGUUGGGCCCAAAUUCCAAAUUGUCAGUCAGGCAAGGUUCUGUAAGUCAGCAGUGUCCGCUCUCCAACACUGUGUUGUAGAGUUGAGCAGGGAAGAGCCCUCUCGGUGGCUCUUCAGCUUCCAGGUUCCUUCCCCCUCCCCCUUACAUCAUGUCCCCCUGAUGGUCUUCUCCGUGGACAGCUCCUGCUGAGACUUGAACCAGCUAAGCCUAGUUCUCUGGGGCACAGGCUCGGGCUGGACAGGUGGCGGGUGUCCCGAGUACCAGGUUCACUUCGGUGUCACAAUUGACUGUUUUUUUUUUACUGUUUCUGUUACAGUUUUCCUAAUUUAUCAGAAGGUCCGAAAGUUUGGCAUGCUAUUUCAGUUUGCAUUAUUUAUUUAUGAUGAUUUUUGUCAUUGUCUUUUAUACAUUUGGGUUAUAAAUUAUGUAAAUGUUAAAAUGAGCAUCUCAAAGAAGUCUGUUAAAUUGUGACCGGAAAAAAAAAAAAAACAAUCAGGUGUAUUUUCAAAACGGAGAGUCCCAGUUUUAUGAAUCAUAGAUAUAAACUAGAAAAUCUAUAACUGAUCUAUAAGAAAGAAGAAUCCAAGAACUGAAUAAAUGAUAUUUAAUGACGUCUUUGUAGCGUAGAAGGUCUGUGAUGCUGAUAACAGAUUUCUUAGAAAUGCUGCUCACUAUUGAACUAACAUUCUGUUCAGUUUUGCCUCCAGUGGAAGCAGAAAGGGUUUUCAGCUGUUAAAUCUAAAAAUCAAUAUAAUUUAUUUAUGUAAAAGAAACACGCAAUCAAUAUAUUUUUGAACCUUUUAAGUACUAACUUUCUUUUUAUCAAGUAGAAAAAAAUGUAUUUGCCCUAAAUCCUUAAAAUACAAAUGCUAUAAAAACUCCUGUAUCUUGAAAGCCUUACUGCAAAUGAGCAUUAUAGACACCCAGCAGAGUCUACUCUCCCUGUGUCUCCCGUGUUGUUUCAUGUGGAGAGCUGCCCUCCCCAGCUUCCACUUAAACCUCCAAGUAGGUCACAGGGUUCGGUGUGGACCUGACUUAACCACCAGCAUGCGCAAACCCUUGUUAUAUCUUACCAAACCUGUAUGUUAACUCUCGGGUGUUUAGGCUUCUGUUGACUGCUGUUGUGAUACUGUUUGCAAAAUGAAAUUGACACUGUGGAUUAUUUGCUCUGUAAGGCAUAAGUGCUUCUUAUGAUUAUUUUAACGUUCCGAGAGCAAAAGCCAAAUUUAAACUCUCUUCAGCAAACUUGAGCCUCUUCAUCUAAUUCCAUGUGACUCAGCCGUAACUUCCCUGGUCAUUCCUCACCCAUGUUUCAGAUAAUAAAUUGUCUGUGAUCUUGA